AUGGAAUCUGACGGUAGGCUCAAAGCCUACAAAUUUGUGGCCUAUGCCGCUGUUGGUUUCUCUAUUGCCGCCGUCGCUUCGGUUCUUUUGACCCUUCCAAUGGUCUAUUCGUACGUGUCGCAUGUUAGACAACAGAUGCACCACGAGAUCAACUUCUGCAAGGGAUCUGCUAAGGACAUCUUCGCUGAGGUCAACUACAUGAAGGCCAACGCUGGACCAGUUCCACCACGCAAUCGUACCACCCGUCAAGCUUACGGAGGACCAGAAGUCAACCCAGCUCCAAACCUCCAAUGCGAGGGAUGCUGCCUUCCAGGACCACCAGGACCAGCUGGACAACCAGGAAAGCCAGGAAAGCCAGGACGUCCAGGAGCACCAGGAACUCCAGGAACCCCAGGAAAGCCACCAGUUGCCCCAUGUGAGCCAACCACCCCACCACCAUGCAAGCCAUGCCCACAAGGACCACCCGGACCACCAGGACCACCAGGAGCACCAGGAGACCCAGGAGAGGCUGGAACCCCAGGACGCCCAGGAACCGACGCCGCCCCAGGAUCUCCAGGACCACGUGGACCACCAGGACCACCAGGAGAGGCCGGAGCCCCAGGACCAGCCGGAGAGCCAGGAACCCCAGCUAUCUCAGAGCCACUUACCCCAGGAGCACCAGGAGAGCCAGGAGAUGCUGGACCACCAGGACCACCAGGACCACCAGGAGCCCCAGGAAACGACGGACCACCAGGACCACCAGGACCAAAGGGAGCCCCAGGACCAGACGGACCACCAGGAGUCGACGGACAAUCUGGACCACCAGGACCACCAGGACCAGCUGGAACUCCAGGAGAGAAGGGAAUCUGCCCGAAGUACUGCGCUCUCGACGGAGGAGUCUUCUUCGAGGACGGAACCCGGCGAUAA